UUCCGUGUUGUCUGGCAAGUUUGUCAGUCGCGAAUUCGUGCGAUUGUUCGCAUCUGUUUCGGUUUCUCAUAAUCAUCACUCUGUUUUUGAAGUUCUUCUACUAUUUCGUCUUCUUUUCUGCCUGUUCGUGUGGUUCCAGAAAGUUUAUCGUUCGCUGCGGGUUUCUAACGUAUCGCUGAAUAUUCAUCGGAUAAUGUAGUGGAUGAAGCAGAAAUUUGACUAUCCAUAAAAAUAUGUGACGUAUUUUAUCGAAAAUUGAUUGUGUCGAAUAGUUUUUUUUUUUUGUCUCAAAAAGUUUUCUCGCCAUCACGGCUUCAAAAGUGCGAUGUAGCUUCUGACCCUAGUGUAGUCAAAGUUGAGAAAAGUUCUUUCUGCAUAUUCUUGUUGGUCAAUAUUUGCUCGAGCUCUUAUUGGCAGGCAGGGGGUUAUGACAAGGAGCCUUCAUCUCAUUUGCACAUAAAAAAGGUGCAAAAAUUAAGUUUUGUGAGUGUUCAAAAUGUAAAUGUGUAAGCGGAGUUGAAGUUAAAGCAGUCCGGUGAGUUCGAGUUGAAGAAAGAAGAGUGGAGAAAAAGAGUGGAUGGUUUUUGGUGCAAUACUCACUCAAGGCCAAAGUUUUGUGCAGUGGUUCGUGGGAAAUGUCCCAACCCAAUCAUUUUCAACCGUGGAAGCAGGGUCGGCCGUUGGGCAUGCCAAUGCCAAAUCCGGCUACUAUCAGUUCUCAUGGAAAACUACCAGCCGCAGCUCAUCAAAAUUUACAUUCAAUCCAGUUGCCACAGUCAUCUUCCGGGCUUCACGGUCACCAAACCCUUCCGCGAGGUCCUCCGGUAGGACUUGCACCUCCCUUGGCUGUCCAAACAGCAGCGGCGUCCUCAUCGACAUCAACGAUUUCUUCAUCCACCGGUUCCUUUGGGCCUGGUGGAGGAAUCAGUGGAAUGAGUGAUUUUCUUUCCCAACUUGGUGCUGACAAGCUGAUGCUCAGCAAACUCAGUGCCAGCUACGGACUUACGAAUCUGGCGAUCGGAGAUCAGCUGGUAAGCGGACAACAGCAACUACAGCAGCAGCAACAGCAACACUCACCGCUAGAUGAUUGUGCCAAUGACAAGGAGCGAGAGCUUCGUAUUCAGCAGAUCUUCGAGAAUGCUAUCGGCGAUAACUCUAAAAAGCAAAUUGUGGAUUUACUGGAGAAGAUUUCUAAUCUUCGGCCCCCAGAACGAUUACUUCUGUACCUGCGAAUGCCUGGUGGAUAUCCUGAAACAGACCCACUGCGUCAGUCUCAGAACCCACUCGGUACCCGUUCCGAGAUUAAUCACACCAUAAACUGGGUACGAUCGCACCUCGAACCAGAUCCAAAUGUUUCCAUCCCGAAGCAGGAAGUGUAUGAAGAUUACACUGCCUACUGCGAACGAAUUGACAUCAAACCGUUGUCAACGGCGGACUUCGGUAAGGUAAUGAAGCAGGUGUUUCCCGGUAUUCGUCCCCGGCGUUUGGGAACACGCGGUCACUCCCGUUACUGCUACGCAGCAAUGCGCAAAGCCACCAAACUGGCUGCUCCCAAACUGCCUGAUCUCAUCGCCAGCACCGGAGAGAAACUCACACCGGAAGAUCACGUACCCAGUGACGAGGAAGCGUGGAAGGUGAUAAAGGUGUGGGCCGAAGCGAUGCUACCGAAUUCGUUCGGUUCCAUCAACGAACUGGCCAGCUUCAUCACAAAAAACAAUCUCAAUUCACCGGCCAGCAUCGCCAGCCGACAGUUGCUGCAGAAAAAACUUUUACAACGUGAGAUUAAGGAGCGGAAGAAACUCACCGCCGCCGCUUUGAAGAAACGUCGAAGGAAACGCCGUAAGACUCUUUCCACCAGCAUCGACUCCGAGGUUGGUCCAUCCGAACCGCAGCCGUCAUCAUCGACGACAUCCACUCAGCUCCAAUCAUCACGACACCAUACCCUCUUGCAGCAUGCAACCAGUAGAAGCCCAGCCUGUGCCAUUCCUGCUGGCAGCCCGGCUAUGCCUUCCGCUGUCCUCUUACAUCAGGUCAUCAAGCACGAGCGGCAGGAUUUUACCGACGACGAUAACAAUAAUACGUCCCUCGGGGCCGAAGCGAUGAAACAACAGCAGCAACAACCACCUUCGCACCAGCAGUGCCAUCUAAGUACAAAACUGAACUGUGAUACAGGCAACGGUGUCUUGGCCUCAACAGCGGCGGUCAUGCCAGCAUCAAUUGCGGGGAAUGCGAUGCCUGCCACCGGUCGAGAGAUGCGCAGCCCUGCCGAGGAGUAUAACAUCUUCUGCAAGAAAGUCCGCCAGGCGCAACAGUUGAAGGCCGCCGCACAGAACCAAGCCUUGCAAAUCAUACCGAGCUCAAGUCUGAGACCCCCGAGCGCUGCGGCAAAGCGUGCAGCCUCGAUAGCGCAUUUAACUCGUCAAAAGCGUUUCCGCAUGCUCCAACAGCAACAGCAGCAAGCGAUUGAGGCGCAAAAUAAUUCCGCUCCGCAUUACGACGAAAUGGGAAAUUUGAUACUGAUUGAGUCGCAAGAUUUAGUUACAAGCAGUAGAGAGGACUUUAUUAUCCCGAGGGAACGAGUGAUCAGCAUUUGUAAUAUGGACAAAAACGCACUGGAUGACUACUUGAACUGCGAGGAAGAGAAUUCACAAGAUCAAGAUCAGGAACUGUUGCAGUACUUUCCGGAGGAGAAUCAUCCGGAUGGACAGCCUGCGGGAUCAACGCCAUCGUCGUCGUCGGGACAGCAUGCUGUGUCUUCUGUCGGACAGGUAGGCGGAGGCUAUGGUGGAAUAUUCGACGAUAGUGAUACGAAUUUAAAGAUAUCACAGUUAAGAAGCAUGCUAGAGCAAAACAUGGCACAAUCUGGUGGCAUAGACAAACCGCAGGUAGGUGGGCAACUUGACGGGUUUGAUGGCUCGAUUGGUGGACAGCAGCUAGGUUUGCAGCCGGGAUCAGCAGCCGCUUCGCUGGCAAUGCUAUCUCAACGUCACCAUGGAAAUGGUAUCGCUAGUACGGAUGGAACGUCAUGCAUUAACAUGGAUGGAAAGAAGGGUUCCAAUUCUGGAUCGAAAUUAACACUCGAAAAUUGUUUAAAUAAUUUAGGUAACGGAUUGGCGGUGGGGACAGCAGCCAAUGGCGGAGUUACUUUACAGAGUCCUAAUGGAAGACGAAAAAAUUACAAUUUCGUGCCGAUUUCGGCCGGUCCGCAGUCUCCGCGAGUUCAAGCGCAAACACGACAGCCGGCUCGCAGUGGCACUCCCAAUGCUAGUCCGUUUGUUAGUCCAAGAAACACUCCAAUCCAUCGCAAAACAAAAGCUGCUAAUAAUGGCCUUACACUUAAUAUACUCCAGCAGAAUCAGCAGUCUCUCCAGUUAUCUGGAUACCAGCAACGUCCGUCAUAUGUCAAGAAUGAGCUUUCUGCCUCUGCUCCUCCCAGUCCCUCUCUAGCGCAAAACUAUAGGUUCGGAUUAAACCCAAAUCCAUUGAACUCGAACACAAUGCCUUCUUUUCAACCGAUAUGCGGGCCUUCGGCUCACAUGCAACCUCAGCCGAAUAUGGUCAAUUCGUUGGAGUCUCGCUCCAGUAGUGUGCCACUAAUUCCCAACUACGAUGGGUACAAUCAUUCCAAUUUCACAUCAGUUUCUCAAACACCCGUUCCUUCCGAGUGCGAUGAUUUCUCCGAUCCCAACAACAUCUUGGACAUGCUGAACGAACCUUCCUCAGCUCCAAACAAUCUGCCUCACUCAAUCAAACUCGAAGCCUCAGACCCAAUCAUGUCCGAUAUUUUGGAUUCGGAAGACAUGUUUCCUAAGGCACCGUACAAUAGUAUCUCGCGUUCGGUUCCUUCCACUCCACUUCCCCAUCAGAUGUCGUACAAUCAAGCAAAUCCGAACUGUGCCUCUUUGCUUGGUUCCAACGGCCUUUCCUCCAAGUCCCUCUUCGAGCUUCCCAAGUCAGUCCCAACAACACCGAUAGCCCUUAACAAUGGUCGAGAUCAAUUAUUCCAAUACAGUCCGGAAACCCCACGUGACUGCCUAAUCAAUGGAAACUCAAUCGAACGCGGAAGCGGCAAAAUUACAUCCUUUUAUCAGCGAAACCCGACUAAUAACAACAACAUCAGUGUUACCGACGGUACUACGGUGAAUAUUACGGCAAAAACCGCCGAAAACGCUGCUGCCCCACCGCCUUCUACAGGGUCGGGAACGGAAAUGUCCGUUCUGGGCGAAGGGAUCGAAAGCCUUACCGAUGCUUUUAUCGGAUCCGAUACGCUACGAUAUUUGUAGGACACAGAACUAAGAAGCUAGCAGACUGGUAGGGUAGGCUAAGGGCAGAUAUUUGUGCGUGUUACGAAACCGCGUGCGCCACACUCCAAGUUGGUGCGCCCAUUCACUCAGCAGCUUACAAUGUAACUACAAAGUGUACUGGUUUUAUUAGCAACUUAUUCUCCACGUGCCGUCGCUAAACCCAGACGGGGGGUCCACUAUCACCCUUUUCCGCAUCUUUCGUUAACGCAGAUUGUGUGCAUGAUGUUGUUGCUCCCAACUGGUCCCUAGUGGGAAGAACGGUACGUCGGACCGGUGUUGGUGACCAAAAAAUUUUCGAGAAUAAUCAAAUUGCAUUUAUUUUUCGUUAACAUCACUGAGCCGGUGGUUGAAAAUGUAUAAAAGUCUUUCGAAACAAUUUCCUUUUUUGGAACAACGUUUGCUCAGAUUGCACGUACGUACUCUUCCCAUGUUGACCUUGAAUAUGACGGUGCUUGCCAAACGCGCUGUUGAUGGUUCUCUUCUCUGUGCUCGCUACUUGCUUGACUAUUUUGUGCAUCCUCAAACUAAAAUGACUAGCGCAACAAAUUAAAGAUUAUUCCGUCCAAGAAAAAGUGAAAUGUAUAUCGUGCUCACGGAGUUUUGAUUUCAAUGAACUAACUAGAACAAUGUGAAAAUAGGUGCUGAUUUAAUAGGCUUAAUUUUUUAUUUUUUUUAAUAAUCUUUCGUUCGUAAGAUGUUAUCAUACUGUGUGGUAAUUAACACAUUUUAAAUUUCAGCACGUGUUAAAAUUUGCCUACCGGUUCGAUUCGAACUACACGUAAACAAGACAGACUAGACAGCCAAUGUAUCAGUGAUACUCAUUCGCAGCGGAUUACAUUGUUGAAUUAACACUAAAUCGGUAUGUUUACAAUGUUUGUCAACCUGCCCCAGCCGCGAGCACUAUCGUGGGCGGUGUUUCGAGUACUGUAGUAAACUGUACUUUGCCAACUAAACUAUGCUGUAUUGUUGGACAUUCCACGUUAGGUUGUCUCGUCUAGUCUCGGGAAUGCCGGGUUUAUUCAAGUCGAGUACCUUCACGUGUUUGACAUAGUUUUGAACUUGGAAAGCAAAAAAAAAAUCAAAUAUUCUCAUACGAUUUUAUCGCUUGCCGGAAAUAGGGCAUGUACAGCAGCCCUGCAUCGAGAGUUUACUAGCUUAUUUCACUUUUCCUCAAGUGCACUUUUAUCGCUCGCGCGUGUGGUAAUGUAAACUAGUGCCGGUGCACCCCGCACGUCACGUACCUAGCUCUGCUUUUGCCCCAUUUCAAAUGCACUUUCAUGUGACUGUGCAUAGAUCGCAAUACCGCACCGCAAUUCCGUGAAGCCGGCUGCCGGGUGUUCGCAUGACUGUGACCUUGAACUAGAGUAAGUAGUUCAACGACUCGCCGCCAUGAUGUGUGAUGUAAAAGUUUAUAGCUCAGCGAGCGGUUCUAAAAAGAUUUGCUAGUUUUCUGAGCGUGUGGCUUUUCGCGCUUGAUAAGAACUGUCUAGGAUUGAGCGCCUGCGUCCUAUAGGCGGCAGGGUGGUGUACACCGCUGUGCAAAAGUGUGAUUUGAUCGCCUAGGCGGCCGUUUUUAAAUUUACAUGAUCUGCGUCAUCUUGUUUGUUUCGCAGCAUGGUAUGACGUACGGUCUUCCACGUGUGUGCGAAUGUAGAUAUAUUUUCCUUGGGUGUUGAUUAGCAGGAGAUUAUUGCUGAAUAAAAGAUGCCAAAGAAUCGUUGUAAAGUAAAUGAUAGUGUAUACGUGCGUUACAACGAAAAGAUGUAAAUUUUUUGCAGAAGGCCUUUUGCUAUGUACAAUUCAAUUUUUGUUUUUCUAAAAUGAAGCUAAGUACGUUUUAAACUGUUUGUCAAAGCCAUACUGUUGAUACUUAGUUAGGUAUCAAUUACAAUUGUGGUCUUUAAAAUAGUUAAAUAUCUCCUUCGCUUUGAUACUCUCAAAGAUGUUCCUUCCGGUAUUGUGAAUAAAACGUUCUCCAGAUUGGUUGUACAACAGUAUACACAAAUCGAAUGCUGUGCUGAUUUUUUAGGGGUUUUAAUGAUGCAACUGCUCUUUCAAAGGUGCUCAUCAAGAAUUUGGUUCCCCACUGUACUGUCAUCUCAUGCAUAUUUAUCCCAUAUAGUUAAUAGGAAGAUUUCUUCUGUUCGGCCCAAUCUCAUCGGCCCAAUUUUUCGUCACCGUACUUUCGUGACUAAGAUAAUAUGGCAAAUGUAGGAAUGCUGGCUGCAAGCUCAGAAUAGUUUUAUUUUUGGUUCGUAAAUUUCAUUACCAGUUUCUCUCAUAUUAUAGAAUUUUUCAGCUCAAAUACCAAAUGGGUAUGCUUUGGCCUGUUUUUAAUUGGAAUGAAAUUUCGCUACCAUUUGGGUGCCACUCAAGAUUUAGUUUUUUAUUAAACAUAUAUUUGAAAUAAUUAUUGAAAGGGUUACAAAAAGAUGAGAUUUUUUUUCAACGUAUAACUAGUUGAAACUAGCAAAUCAGAAUGGCGUAAAAGAAAAAAUAUUACAGAAAAGCUUUAAAAAAAAUGUACUGAAAGGCAAAAAAAUCGACGUUUAUGUGUAACAUACUAUUUGUGGUUUUGAUCACCGUUUAAUUUUAUAUUUUCUCUGGAUAGUUUAUUCGUUUCGGUGAAUCGAAUCAACUAUCCAGAGAAAAUAAAAUUUUAAGUAACAUAUACACAAUUUUCAGUAACUUAAUAAGCUGAACCUAGGUAAAAAAUGUUUACAUGAGUAAAUUGGUUUAAAAGGUAAAAUUUAGAAUUCUGCAAAAAUUGUUUUAAUUUCCAAAAUUAUGUUUGGCGAACAAAAAUAUGUGCACUGGUAAAUGACCGGCAUUUUUGCCUGCGUUUUUAACCGUUAGUUCUUCGGGGUUUUCCAUUAUUUUACGAUGGUACGACGAGUCUCCAAAUUUUGUAAUUUAUUUUUACGAGUAAAGUAAAUGAUAUUAUUUUUUUUUCCGUGUUGGGUAUUCUCGUCCCUGCGACCAAUUUUUUGAUAUUUUGUGACAUAUUCCCCCUUUUUAAUUUUGCUAAGUCAGGAUAACGUAUCACUAUUGGAAGUGGUCGUUACAGUCUGGCCAAUAGCAUUAGUCCAGUCCGGUAUUAUACUUCGUAUGAAGCGCACAACCGUACUGGGAUUUGUUCUCCAGAUUUCAAAGGGUUCCAGAAGACCUCUCUCGAAGAACUUAUAUCUUUUGAUAAAAAUUGCCGGACAUCAGCAUAACAGAUGUUCCGAGUCUUCUUUUUACAUGCCACAUACUCGACAUGUAUCAUCUUGAAGUUUUUUCAUAACCUUCAAAUGAUAACGGCUCGGACAAUGCCCUGUUAUUAAACCAGUAUACGUGCUUAGAUCUUUUUUUGAAAGAUCCAGUAUUCUACGAGUCAUAGAAACGUUCGGAGUGAUGAAACGUACUGCCUACCGAUGUAGGCGUUUGUCCAGUUGGAUUCCACUUUCAUAGUUUCCCAUGCUUUUAGUUCCAUUCUAAGUGUUUCUUCGGAACUCAGCGAAUAAAAAUAAACGUAAUGGACUGUAUUUAAUUUGCGACUAUAUUUCUCGAAAUCUCGUUUUUAAGUGUUUUUCUUUCUCUACGGCGUUGCCAAUCUUACAAGGCGCGCAACAAAACCCACUGCAAAAAAGCUUACAUAUGAAUGACCAUACACUGACGUAAAUUAUCUCCCUGAAACUACACACCGUAACAUACACCCCCCGGAGCCGGAUGGCUCUACUCCACAUCAUCGUGGACAGGUAACACAGCGAUCUGAGUAGUUGGUCGUUUGAAUACAGAAGUACUCGUCUUAACGGUAACUACACGUACAAUCCCGUCGUUGCCGGGGUGCGUCUCAACAAUUCUUGCUAAUUUCCAUAUUUGUGGGGGCAGGUUUUCUUCCUUGAGCAAUACAAGAAGUCCGUUUCGCAGUAGAUCAGGAUGUUUAUACCACUUCCCACGUUUCUGUAACCCAGUGAUGUAUUCGUUCGACCACCUUGACCAAAACGACUGCUUCCGAUGUUGAACCAGUUCAUACCUAGAGAGCAGCGAUUCCUUCCGAUCAGUAUACAAUGGCUCAGCAACCGCCGUUAACUCUCGGCCGACCAAAAAAUGUCCAGGGCUAAGAGCUUCGUAGUCUGCUGGAUCCUUGCUCUGUUCAACCAACGGUCGUGAGUUUAAUAUGGCCUUGAUUUGAUUAAGAGGGUGUUCAUUUCCUCGUAUGUCAAAUACGCCUCCUUCAACGUUCGGUGAAGGUGAGUUUUCAUAGCCUUGACACCAGCUUCCCACAGCCCACCCUGGUGGGGAGCCUUCGGUGGUACCAAAUGCCAGUUUAUUCCACGUGGCUGACAGAAGCCUGCUAUCUUCUCUUGCAGAAUUUGCGACUUCAGAAGCUGAAACAAUUCCUGAAGUUCUCGUUUGGCCCCAAUAAAAUUGGUGCCAUUAUCAGAAUAUAUGUCUGACACAUUUCCACGCCGUCCAACGAAACGCAGCAGAGCCUGUAAGAACCCUUCUGUCGUCAAUGAAGUCACAAGUUCCAAAUGAAUAGCCUUCGUACAUAUGCAUACGAAAACACAGACAUACGCCUUGCACGGAGCCUUCGAUCGCCCUUGCUUGAUGAAAAAAGGGCCCGCGUAGUCCUCACCCAUACGUGAAAAUGGUUGGGUGAUGGUGACUCGGACACUGGGCAGAUCUCCCAUGAAUUGCUGCACAUCCCGAGGAUUCGCACGAAAGCAUUUCACACAUCUUCUGACUAAUCGAUUGAUAGUGCGUUUAGCGUUGACUGGCCAGAAUUGUCUUCUUAUCUUUGCCAUCAGGCCGUUCAAUCCGACGUGCAGCUCCUCUUGGUGCAGCGCCUCAAUAACGAUUUCUGUGAAAUGGUGACGUUCAGGGAUGAUCAUCGGCUGUUUCUGAUCUCUCGGCGAAUCGGAGUACUUGAUCCGACCGCCGACUCUCAGCAGUCUCUCUUGCUCAUCGAAGAAAGGGUUAAAGUUUCUUAGUUUUCCCUCCACACGUUCACCUCGUUGAAUGUUGCUGAUCUUUUCGUAGUACACAACCCGCUGAACUAUGCGUACCAUACAAUAUACAGCGUCACGCCAAUCCAUCACACCAAUAGCUCCGGAUCUCUUUUUCUUGCCAAGCCCUUUCGCCCGACAGUUGUAAAUGAACCGACACACGUAAGCAAAUCUUCGCUGCAGCCUUCUGAAGCUGCUACACGCCAUGAUAAGUUCGUAUUGAUAGUUACCGUUGGCCGAAGCCGUCACUAUUCCAACCACAACACAAUCUUCUUCUGAAAGGUCAUCUUCAUUAUCCUCGGCUCUUGGAUCCGACAUAUCGUUAGUAACACGGAGGAAGCCCGGUCCGUUCCACCACAAAUCACUACGCAUCAAUUCAUUUGGUUGCACACCACGCGAUACCAUGUCCGCCGGAUUUUCCUAUGGCUAACAUAGCUCCACUCAACGUCGGGGUUUAAUCUUAGUACUUCAUUCACACGAUUUCGCACAGAUACUGAUUGUUCUGGUUUAGUCUUCUUCAGCCACGAGAGCACUAUUUUCGAGUCUGACCAUAGAACAACACGACUUAUGUCAAAGUCUAGGGUUUCGCGCACUGUUUUGAUCUGCCUGGAUAACAAUCUUGCAGCACAUAGCUCCAACCUGGGGAUAGUCAUUUCCGCUGGUAAUGCUCCAUCCAUUUCCUUCCGCUCCGACUCCUUCAAUAGAGUAACUCUCGAUUUCCCGCAAAGAAGCCGCACUUUGAUUGCACCGUUAGCAGUUACGUUCUUCAAAUACACGCAACAUCCAUACGCCUUCUGAGAUGCGUCCGAAAAACCAUGGAGUUCCAAAGCUAUCGUAUUAUCCACAGUCACUCGUCUCGGGAUCUUCAUAUCGUUGAUGUUGCACAAUUCUGUCCUCAGUCUGCUCCAGACGUCGAGCUCCUCAUCAGGGAUCGGGUCAUCCCAAUCUACAUUUUUACGCCAGAGUUGCUGUAACACCAACUUGGCAACUACUACUAUCGGCCCUAGUACUCCGAGGGGUUCAAAUAGUUUUGCAAUUUCGGAUAGUACUUCAAGCUUCGUCGGUACUUCUGUAUUAGUCAUUGUUCUAACGCGAAACAGGAAGCUGUCUCUCUCUGAGUCCCAAAGAAGCCCCAGCGUCUUGAUGACCCCGUUGGUAUCGUCGAAAUUAAGCUGUUUCUCUCGAUCCUCUAUGGGCACCCCAUGAAGCAACUGUGGGUCAUUAGCGCACCACUUAUGCAGUUUGAAACCACCUUUGUUUAGUAGCUGCUGUAGAUCCUCUCGCAAUCGUUUAGCCCCUUCCAGGGUAUCUGCUCCCGAAAGUACGCCAUCUACAUAAAAGGACUUCAUUACUACGGCGCUUGCUUCAGGUUCCGCUCAUCCUGGGCCAAUUGAUUCAGGCAUCGUGUUGCCAAGAAUCCUGCUGGUCCAAUACCAUAUGUCACACGCAGCAGUUCGAUAUCUUGGAUGGGCUGAGUCCUGUCGUCUCUCCACAAACAUCGCUGAUACUUUGUAUGGGCGCCGUCUAUCUUCACUUGUCGAUACGUGCGCUGAGCGUCAGCCGUAAAGGCGUAUUUAAGUAGCCGCCACUGCAGCAUGAUAUCAAAAAGAGGUUUUUGCACUGUCGGAGCAUCCAUCAAAAUGUCAUUCAAUGAUGCACCGUUAGUGGUCUUUGCGGAGGCAUUAAAUACUACCCGAAACCUUGUCGUUGAGCUUUCAGGCUUUAACACACAAUGAUGCGAAGAUAAUAUCCCUUUUCAAGAUUUACUUCUUUAGGCUCCAGUAUCCUAGCAUGAUCAAGCUCCAGAUACUCGUGGAUAAAAUCCGAAUAGAGCUUUUUCAUUUCAGGCCGCCUUUCAAGCCUGUUCUCCAGCGCCUUGAACAUCUUCUCCGCUUGAUUCCUGGAGUCUCCAAGCUGACCAGGAUCGUCUCGAAAUGGUUGCUGAACGGUAUAUCGUCCAUCCUCUCCUCUGGAAUACGUUUCAAGGAAGUGUCUUUCACAGUCAUUGUUCAAGGGCUCGGCCGUUUGUUCAUCGAUCAUCCAAAAGCGUUCCAACAGAGUGUUAAGUUGUUCGUCCCUGGGAUCGGAUGUUGUAGCUUGCAAAACCUUUACACUGCCAACGUUUCGAUCGGCGCUGACUGUUCCAGCGUCUAGCCAUCCUAGAAGGCUCUCCUGCAACAGUGGAAGAUCGUUUGACAUCCGUAUCUUGCCGCUUCCCAUCAGGUCGUAGAAAACUUCGGCUCCAAUAAGCAUGUCCACUCGGCUGUAACAAAAAAACCUUGGAUCUGCCAACAGUAUCUGCUUCGGAAUCGGCCACUUUGAAGCAUCCAGCUCCAUCGGAGGUAGCGCACCAGUUAUACGAGGAACUAUCAAAAAGUCUACAGAGAAAUCGCAAUUUGUUCUCCUGGACUUCACGGUGGCGUUCACCUUGAAUUUCACCGUUGUUCGGGUUCCGUUCACUCCAAUUACUGGCACGUUUACACAUUUCUCAUGAAGACGCAGCACAUCACUAAUUCUCUGGGAUAUGAAGUUCGCCAUUGCACCAGAGUCUAGCAACGCACGACAUCUAUGCGCUACACCGCUUCUGUCAAUUACAUCGAUGACUGCCGUUGCCAGCAUCACCUGCGUAUGCGCCGAUACCGUCAAGACUGGAACUUCGCAUUUUGCAACGAUCUUCGGUGUCUCCUGUGUUGUAGUAGAGCUUCUAGCGAUUGGUCUCGUCUCAGCAUUGCUCGUUGCUGUCUCCGUUAUCUCGCACUUCUCCUCGAAGUGCAUCAGGGGAUGGUGCUUCUUCUGGCAUUAACAUAAUCUGCUGGUAUCAGUCUUGCAGUUAACAGUCCGAUGUCCUCUCUUCAGGCACGCGAAGCAAAGGCCAUACUGCUUCGCCUUCGCAUAUCGGCUCUUCACGCUCAACUUCCUGAACCCGUCACAAGUUUCAAUUGGAUGGUCGCUAUCGCAGAUAGGACAAUUGCUUUGCUGUACUGUAGCCGUGUGCACCUUAGUUGGAACGGCGGGGGCACUACUCCGGAGAUUGGUUGUUACUGCUCCUUUCGGUCGUCCCGAGAUUGAGGAAUCCUCGCAUCUCUCCAGAAUGUAGGAGUGAUUUCGGAGAAACGUCAUCAUAUCUUUGUAGAUAGGUAGGCUACCAUGGUCAAUUGUAGCCUCCAAUGCCUUUCGGGUGUCCGGAUCAAGUUUCGAAAUCACCAAGUUGAUACGAUUGCCUCGGACAACUUGUCUUUCAUUUUCAAAUCGUGAAACGCAAGAGAUUCAAGGCGCUUCUCUACGACGUCCAGCAAAUUUCGCUAUUCUACAUGCGUUUCCUUGGGCAUCGGCUUCACAUUCAGCAGUUGUGUUACAUGCCCCUGAACAACCAUACGAAAAUUCUCAAAUCGUUUCGACAAAAUCCUCCAAGCACCUUCGUAAUUGUUAUCAUUCAGCAUUUGCUGAUCAAUAGCCCCUGCUGCUUUUCCCACCAGGGCUUUAUCUAGGUAAUGGAGCCUUGUAGCAGGAGAGUCCCCUACACACUUAUCAACGAUAUCCGUAAACCUGUCUCGAAUUUUGUACCAAUUUUAAUACCGACCGUCAAAUGUCGGCAGAGGGAUUUGUUGUAAUAAAAGAGACGGUAAAACUUGGUAUGGAACACUCCCACCACUGCCGCUAGGUUGGCUAGUGGUUGCAACCUCCAUCAAUUUCCGAUUCGUCAACUUCUCAUUAACAAUUGCUUGUAUAGUACGACUGAUUCGUUCUACCUUACCUUGUUUUGACGCAAGGCACUGCUCAAGAGCAACCACCGAUUCGGCCAUCUUAACUUGGUCUCGGUGGUGUUUCUGCAGCUCUUUCUGCUCACGAAUACUCACGAAUGGUGUCGCUCCGCCAAUCGGUGUGUAGAAUAUAGGCGACGCUAAUGGAGAAACAACGGGCGACGAGAACAAGAUUCGCUUCAUCUUGCCAGACCGCAGUUGCAUAUCACUUCACUUCUUUCGUGUUCGAUUUUAGCUUUCACGUCGUUGUCGAAAUUUUUGCCAAUCACCACAAUCUAACAUCAGUGUUAAAUUUCCUCACUCUUGUAAAAGGGAUCACUAAAACUGAUGUCACACAUACCACCACCAAAAUGGCGUCUUAUUCACUUCUGCAAAUAUUCUUCAGAGCAGCACCACCGCUUGCUUCGAAUCACUAUAUCCAGAAUGCAAAAUUCUGAAUCAACAGUUUCUUAGCAACUAUCACUUUUCCGUUGUGCUGUUACACGAUACGGAACCACUUUUUGUUCGCCGCGUUACUGACGGUCAGAACAAAAUCAAAUUCUCGACGCACACACACGUUUGCGUCGAAAUCAACUUUCACUAGUAUGGUAGCCAAGCGAUCUCAAAGCGCUCAUUCAAAAUGGCUACCACGCUUCACUAUUCGGCUGCUUUCCGGUUCCGGCUUCUGAAAUUGGGCUGCCCCUGUGGCUAGCUUCUUUCUUUCCUAACUUCUUCCAGAGCCAGGAAUCACAAUUUUCUCCAGCAAGCAGAAAUCACUUUCACUGAAUUCGCGUAGUAUAUCCGGCUCUGACGGACCAUGUUUCUUCGGAACUCAGCGAAUAAAAAUAAACGUAAUGGACUGUAUUUAAUUUGCGACUAUAUUUCUCGAAAUCUCGUUUUUAAGUGUUUUUCUUUCUCUACGGUGUUGCCAAUCUUACAAGGCGCGCAACAAAACCCACUGCAAAAAAGCUUACAUAUGAAUGAUCAUACACUGACGUAAAUUAUCUCCCCAAAACUACACACCGUAACACUAAGGGAACAAGCGGAUAGACCACAGAAGGGUUCUGGUCCUAUGAACUGAUGAGACGAUCCAAGUCUUGCCAGUUCAUCGGCUCUUUCGUUCCCAUCUAUUCCACAGUGACCAGGAACCCAGUAUAAGUCUACUUGAUUAUUACAACCCAGUGUUUGGAGUGAUUGAACACACUCCCAAACUAGUUUUGAUGUGCAUGUCGCAGACUUCAAAGCCUUCAACGCUGCUUGACUGUCGGACAUCAUGCAAAUGUUUGAGUGUCUGCAUUUCCUGCGUGGGCAUAUUUCAGAACAUUCUAGUUUUGCUUGGUUAUCAGCUUGGAAGACAGUUGGCCAUUGGCCCAUUGGAACUGACAGGUCUAUUCCUGGGCCAGUUACUCCUGCUCCCACUCGAUUGUUCAUUUUUGAACCAUCUGUGUAGAAAAUGAUUGAUCCUGGGCGGAGAUCAGGACCACCGCGUUCCCAAACAUCACGCUCAGGUUCAAACAUUCGAAAUCGUCUUUCAAUAUUGUAGCUUUUCUCCAUCCGGUCUUCAUUGUUGAUCACUAGGGGAUUGAUACGAAUAGUUUUUAGAAUACCUAGAUGACCCGUUAAAUCACCCUCAAAGAGCUUUAAUGAUCUUUUGAUCCGUAAGGCACUCUCUUCGGUUUCUUAUUGUAUGAAUUGAUGCAGUGGAAGCAUAAACAGUGGAGCUUCCAAUGCCUUGGUGGGUGUGCUUCUUAUUGCACCCGUUAUUGAGAGAGUGGCUAGCCGUUGAAGUUUUUCCAACUUAUCUUGAGCACCUUUCUCCCUUGUUUUUGUCCACCAGACUAGUGAAGCAUAGGUAAUUCUGGGUCUCACAAUAGCCGAAUAAAUCCAAUGGAUCAUUUUCGGUUUGAGUCCCCAUUGUUUACCAAAAGUUUUAUUACAUAUCCAUAGAGUAUUCGUAGCUUUUUUUAUUGCCUGCUCUAGAUGUGUAUUCCAGUUAAGUUUUUUGUCAAGAGUUACCCCAAGGUAUUUGACGUUAUCUGAGAGAAGGAUUUGAAGGAAAUGAUAUUACAAAAGUUCACAUCGUUGGACCACGUAAUUCUAUUCCCCCAAUAAAAAAAGUAAAUUUCAAUCGACAAUUUAUGCAUAACUAAUUACUUGUAUAUU